AAGGUGCUUCCAUUGAUUUCCAGAGCAAGAGUGCAUCGGAUCCGGGGGAAGAGGAGCUGUCACAGGACGCACAUGCUGUGCACCGGGGAAAAGGAGACUCAACAUUGGCCGCCUAGCAGAGUGUCGGAUGAUCUCGACGCAGGAGUGUUGGAGACCGGGGCUAGCGGGCAUCUACAUCAUCCUUCGGAGGGUGCGUCCGUCGACUUGGAGAGCAAGAGUGCACCACCUCGGGGAAAAGGGGAGCUCUCACAGGAAGCGCAUGCUGCACAGUGGGAAGAGGAAACUCAACAUUGGCCACCUCACGAAGUGCAGAAGGGGCUCGAUGCAGGAGUGUUUGAGACCGAUGCUAGCGAGCAUCAGUGUCAUGCUUCGGAGGGCGCAUCUGUCGAUGUUGAGAGCAAUAGUGCAGCAACUUUGGGGGAAGAGGACCUCUCAAAGGAAGCGCAUGCUGUGCAGCGGGAAGUCGGGUCGGGUGGAGGUGAAAGCCACUGCGAAGGGAGUCGAGAUUCCAACACGCGACAUGAGGCCGCCCUGGGGUCUUAUGAAGUGCGAGUAGAUUUACAAUUGUCUGCGAGGACUUUGUUUCAUGACGUUGAGGACAGUCCUCGCCGCAGUGCGCAGCACGCUUGUCCUGUUCAAGACGACACCUUGUUCCUGCACCUCUUAGAAGAGGGUGAACAUUUACAGCGUGCGGCGGCAUCUGUUCAGAGGCCCACUGUAGGAGUGUUGGAGACAGAGGCUAGCGAAUGCGAAGGCUCGUCUGGAAAUGUCAUCAACAUCGGGGACACCGAUUUGGUUUUGCACAGCGGGUCGCCACUGACAACGCACGAGGGUGACGUUAAGGGAGGUCAUGGGACGUUUGGGGAAGCUCGUCUUCGUGGCGAAGAGGAGGGCGAAGAAGAACCCGUCGUGGAAACUCGGUUUCAUGACGAUGAGGAAGGCGAAGAACCCGUGGGGGAAGCUAAUCUUUUUCGCGGUGAGGUGUCGGCUCGGCUUUAUGACGAUGAGGCAGGCGAAGAAACCGUGGGGGGAGCUCAACUUUCUGCUGGUGAGGUGUCAGCUUGGCUUCAUGCCGGUGAGGUGUCGGCUCGUCAGAUGGGUUCGGAGCGGACAAAUCAUGAUUCUCAGUCCACCAGCUGCGGUGAAGAGCAAGGUGAUCGAGCGUCCGCCCUCAUUUCCGGUCUGGAAAUGGUGCUUCAUGAAGCCACGGAGUUGGUUAGCGACUCAGCUGCCAUUGAGCUGGUUAGCGACUCGGCGGUGGUCAAGAUGCAGAAUAUUGAAUCCUCCACGGACGUCGGUGCAAUGGCGCGAGAGGAGGCCGGUUCCCCUCGACGGACUCCCGGGCACGGUAAGAUUUGUGAACAGUAGCACUCGCGCAUCUGUCCAUGUUCAGCUCUGUGGUCAUCCAGAUUGAACUGAUGGCCUCAUGCGGUUAUUACCACUUCUUAAACAAAAGUUUGUGGGUUGU